AUGGGCGUCACUGAUCUUUUGAGAUCCACGACAUUCGAUACGCAGGAGGUGGGCCACCAGUGGCUGGCGCAGAAGGGCUAUACUUCGGUGUGGGGGGUGGGCCGGCAUAUUCUUGGUUCGCAGAGUUUCGAUUACUGGUGGGAUACUAUCCCCGAUUGGGUAUGGGCUGUGGUGUUGGAAGACGGCGAUGGGAUUUCCGUGAAGAACGACAAAAGUGGGAUAUUUGAGAACAGAGUUGGCUACGAGACUCAGUCCUGA